AUGAGCUCAGCAGGCCUGGUCCUCCUGGGGCUUGCUCUCAGGUUUAUGGCCGCUAUUGCUAAGCCAAGGGCAGCGUUUGCUCUAAGAGCCCAAGUGACUUUCAGAGACUCUUGCUAUGAAUUUGUGCUUUGGGGCUGCUCCUUCUAUGAUGCCCAGAACUGGUGUGAGAGGCGAGGCGGCCAUUUGGUCUUUAUCCAUGAUGAAGGCACCCAGCAGUUUCUACAGAAGCACAUCUCUCAAGACAGGGGACAGUGGGUUGGGCUCACAGGGAACUCAGCUCUGAAUGGAACCACAGAAGGGCCGGGGAUGUGGCUGGACACCUCCAACGUGAACUAUAGCCACUGGCAUGAAGUGCAGGCCUCCGCCCCCCACACCUGUGGCUACAUCGGGAGAGACCCUUCUUCCAGGUGGGCUGCCUCAGACACCUGCACUGCCUUCAUCUGCGAGUUUGGUGUUGGGCAGAGUCUGGCCUGUGAGGGCCUCAAUGCCAUCAUGAACUGCGGCUCAGGGACCAUCCAGAUCCAGGAUGCCUUCUAUGGUGACCGCACUCCACAUUAUUGCCCCCAGGAGGCUGGGCACCCCACGGACCUGGAGGAGCAAUGCAGCCGGCUCAGUGCAAAGGACCAAGUGGCAGGGAGGUGCCAGGGGCUGCAGGCAUGCCAAGUGACGGCAAAUGGGACCUUCUUUGGAGAUCUGUGUCCCACCCAGGGCAGCUACCUGUGGGUACAGUAUGAGUGUCGGGAAGGCCUGCAGCUGACGGUGUCCAAUGAGAGUUUCAUCUUUGACAAUGUCACCAUCUCCCUGACGUGGCUCCUCUCUCCUGACACUGGAAAUCUGUCCUGUAUAGUUAAUACUGGGGAUGGCCACACGUUUGAUCCUUACUACAUCCCUAGCAACUUGAUUUACCAGUUCACAACAUCUGGGAAAUUUGCAGUGUUUGCUGAGUGCACAACUAGUGAGUGGCAUGUGAUGACUCAGAAGCAAGUGACAAUUUGAGACAAGAGGGAGAGACUCAGUGUGACUGGGUGUCAUUCCAGCCUGUCCAAGUCAGGAGCCAGCCCUCUCUGCUGGGCUGUCUUUGGGGACCCUAUGUGGUUCAGGUGGAGCUUGAUAGAGGUGAGUCUGCAAAAAAAAACAGGGGUGACUUACACUGUGCUGUCAGAUAACACAACCCUGGCUGAGUCUGCCGCACAGAAGGGCCUGCUCCCCUAUAACCUGACCCUGGACAGAGCAGCCCUGCAACGGAUGGGCCCAGGGGUGCACCACCUGGAGAUCCGAACCACCAGCAACAGCACCACCUCUGCAGCUUCCACAAACGUCCCAGUCUACUUCCUGGAGCCUCUGUCAGGGCUGCAGGCCUCCUGGGCUUCUGACCACUUGGAGCUUGGACAGGACCUACCGGUCAACGUCUCAGUAGCUCAUGGCAUCCCAGAAGAGUUGACCUUUGAGGUAACAGGACUCAAUGUGUCCUUCUCCCAUAAGGAAGACAGACUUGGACGGUCAUCAGGGAUCUACCACGUGACAGUUCCUCUUGAAGGCACCUUUCGGGUCACUGUCCCGGUGAGGAAUGCCUUCUCAAACUUGAGUUUGGACAUUGGAAGCAUCACUGUUGCAGCUCCUUCCAGUCUCCAAGAACCAUCUGGAACGAAUGCCGAGGAAAAGAACAUGAAUAAAGGGGAUGUGGAGGUAUACGUGGAACCUGGUCGGUACGUGGAUCCUUUCACAACAGUGACUCUGGCCUGGCUGGAUAGUGAUGAGGAUUUACACUUCCAGUGGUCAUGUGGUGCCUGGUGCAAGCUGUCUGCUGCCCUCAAAGCUCAGAAAAUGUCUGAGGCCUCCACGCCAGGUGCAAAGGUGGGACUUGGAGACACUCAUGUUGAGGAUGGGGCAUUCCAGGCUGCAGUGUCAGAGAACAUUACUGCUGCUCUUCAAGGGGAGCAGGGUCCAGAGUGGCUUUUCCAGCUGGCCAGGUCUGUGUCCUCCAUGCUGGACCAGGAGUGCCAGGGGCUGGGAUCCCGGCAGUCCUUACCUUCCUCCCUCUGUACCAAGGUCAGAGAGCAUGUGCUGAGGUCACUGUCUGCAGUCACUACCACCCUGGGGGACGUGCAGAGGGUACAAGAGAUGGCCUCGGUGCUGAGAGAGGUGAUCCAUCGCAGUUAGGAGCUCACGCCCUUGGCCCAGUGGGGGGCCAGCCAGGCUCUGCAGCAUGCCAGUGAGGCCCUGUUGGCAGUGAAUGUCAAGGCCCAUCCUGAGGACCAGAGGCGCCAGGUAGCCACCAGGGACCUGUUUCAGGCUGUGGGCAGCAUGCUAGAGGCUUCCCUGAGGGACAGACUCGAAGAGCCUUUGGAAGCCAAUGGCAGCCAGAUAGGUGUGGCUACAGUGUCCCAGCUGCUCAGAGCUGUGGAGCAUGUACAGUCUGCCCUCCUGCUGGGGAGACUGCCCAGGCGCCUUCCGGCCACACUGGCCACACCCUCCAUCUUGGUGUAUAGAAACAGAAUUCAGCCCCGGAGUUUGCAAGGCUCCUCUGUGCACAUUGCUGCUGCCAGCUCUGUGACCUUCACCCUGCCUGCUGCCUCCUCCCUUGGCUCCUUGGAGGAUGGUCAACAGCCUGUGGACAUAAGGGUGAUGAGUUUCCCAAAGAGCUCUUUCCCAGCCCAAGGGCACUUUGAUGUCAUUGGAACUGUCAGUGGCCUCUCUCUGACCAGCCCUGGUGGACAGUUCGUACCCAUGAAGAAUCUGUCAGAGAAUAUUAAGAUCCUGCUGCCCUGGCUUUCGGAAGGACACAGUGAGCCAACUGUGCUGAAUCUGACCAGUCCUAAAGCUCUGUGGGUGAACCUGACUUCAGUGGGGGCAGCUUUGGGGAUCCAGCUGCACUGGAGACCUGACAUCCCACUCACACUCAGCCUGGGCUAUGACUACCACCCCAACGAGACCAGCGACAAAGCCAAAGCUCACCUUCUACCAAUGGUUGCUCCAGAUGGGCUGUCCACAUGGAUCCUGAGCCCAGAGGACCUGCAUUUUGGAGAAGGUGUCGACUAUCUGACUGUGAUCCCCAAGUCUGACCUGGAGCCGACCCCGGGCAGAGACAUCACAGUUGGCAUCACCACCUUCCUUUCCCAUUGUGUGUUUUGAGAUGAGGUGCAGAGGACUUGGGACAACUCUGGGUGCCAGGUGGGACCACGGACCACCCCCUCCCAGACACACUGCCUCUGCAAUCACCUUACCUUCUUUGGAAGCAUAUUCUUGGUGAUGCCCAAUGCCAUAGAUGUCCACCAGACCAGGGAGCUCUUUGCCACCUUUGAGGACAACCCUGUGGUUGUGGCCACUGUGGGCUGUCUCUGUGUGGCCUAUGUGCUGGUGGUGAUCUGGGCAAGGAGGAAGGAUGCUCAGGAUCAGGCCAAGGUGAGAUUGGAUGUGCUGGAGGACAAUGAUCACUUUGCCCAGUACCACUACCUGGUGACAGUCUACACUGGGCACCGGAGAGGGGCAGCUACUUCCUCGAAGGUGACUAUAACCCUAUAUGGUCUGGAUGGAGAGCAAGCUCACCACCUGUCAGACCCUGACAUCCUGGUUUUUGAAUGAGGAGGAGUGGAUGUCUUCUUACUCUCCACCUUGUUCCCUCUGGGAGAACUGAGGAGCCUGCGGCUGUGGCAUGACAAUUCAGGGGACCAGCCAUCCUGGUGAUACGUAAGCUGGGUGCUGGCGCAUGACCUGGUGAUGGACCGGAAGUGGUGUUUCCUCUGCAACUCAUGGCUGUCCAUCGAAGUCGGAGACCGUGUCCUUGACAAAGUAUUUCCAGUAGCCACUGAGAGGGACAGGAAACAAUUUAGGUACUUUUUUUUCAUGAAGACCUCCAUGGGCUUCCAGGAUGAGCACAUUUGGUAUUCUGUCUUCAGCUGCUCAGCCCGGAGCAACUUCACCCGCAUCCAGAGGGUGUGCUGCUUCUCCCUGCUCCUCUGCACCAUGCUGACCAGCAUCAUGUUCUGGGGUGUUCCCAAGGACCCAGCUGAGCAAAAAAUGAGCUUGGGUAAAACUGAAUUCACUUGGCAGGAAGUGGUGAUUGGACUGGAGAGCUCUCUCCUCAAGUUCCCCAUCAACCUCCUGAUUAUUCAGAUCUUUCGAAACACCCGUCCUCGGGUGACUAAGGAGCAGAACACUGGGAAAUGGGACAGAAGGUCUCCCAGCCCAGCUCCCUCACCACGGCCCAUGGAGGAUGGCCUUCUGAUACCUGAAACAGUGUCCAAAGUAUGUCUUCAACCUUGGUGGUAUGGAAGAGCAAGCAAGCCCCCUCGGGGCCUUCCCUGGUGGUGUGUCCUGGUGGGCUGGCUUCUGGUGGCAGCUACCUGUGGUGUGGCAGCCUUCCUCACCAUGCUAUACGGCGUGCACUAUGGACGGACCGGCUCUCUCAAGUGGUUCAUCCCCAUGGCCAUCUCCUUUGUGGAGAGUGUGUUUGUCACCCAGCCUCUGAAGUGGGUAUUUUUCUACGUGCUGGGGUUUGCUGCUUUCUUUGCACUGGUUUUAAAGAGUGUGGAGGACGAAGAGGAGCUUAUGGCCCCUCUCCUGGGACAUCUGUCCAGCCCAGACCCCUCUUCCUUGUUUCGAGAAUGGAGAGACAGCAAAAAGGAUGUCUACCAGCCACCUCUGGCCACCAACAUCGAGAGGAUGAAAACCACUCACCUCAAGGAACAGAAAGCAUUUAUCCUAGUCAGAGAAAUCUUGGUGUACCUGGACUUCCUGUGGAUGUUGCUGCUGAUGGCCUAUGGGCAGAGGGACCCCGGUGCCUACCACCUCAACAGACACCUCAAGCACAGCUUCACUCAAGGCUAUUCAGCUGUCCUGGGCUUCCAGGAGUUCUUCAUGUAAGCCAACACCACACUGGUGAGGAACCUGCACAGUCAUCAUCCAGGCUUCAUUACUGAUGGGAACUCCAAACUGGUUGGCAGUGCCCAGAUUCGUCAAGUGAGAGUCUGAGAAAACUCUUGCCCUCUUGCCACAUGGUUGCAGACUUCUCUCGAUGGGUGCCAUGCACCAUAUUCCCUGGAUGUUGAAGACUUGUCAGACUAUGGGGAAGGCUGGAAUGCCUCCAACCUCAAUAGCAGCAAUGGCUUUUCCCAGGCCUGGCAGUGCCAGAGCCAGCACCGAGGGUAUCCCAUCUGGGGCAAACUCACUGUGUACCAGGGAGGAGGUUAUGUGGUCCCCUUGGGGACCAAUCGCCAAAGUGCAGCAAGAAUUCUCCAAUAUCUCUUUGACAACACCUGGCUGGACAGCCUGACUAGAGCCAUGUUUGUGGAGUUCACUGUCUACAAUGUCAACGUCAACCUGUUCUGCAUCAUCACUCUGACCCUAGAGACCAGCGUCCUGGGAACCUUUUUUGCACACUCGGACCUGUGGAGCCUGCACCUGUAUCCCUUCACUGAUGGCUGGCAUCCCUUUGUGGUGGCGGCAGAGGUCAUCUACUUCCUGUUCCUCCUCUACUACAUGAUUGUGCAGGGCAAGCUCAUGAAGUAGUGCUAUUUCCACAGCAAGUGGAACCUUCUGGGCCUGGCCAUCAUCCUGGCCAGCUGGAGUGCCCUGGUGGUGUUUGUGAAGAGGGCCAUCCUAGCAGAGUGAGACAUACAAUGGUACCGCAAGCACAAGGAGGAGGGGAUCAGUUUCAGUGAGACAGCAGCAGCUGGUGACCUUGGUUACAUCAUUGCCUUCCUGGUACUGCUGUCCACAGUGAAACUCUGGCAUCUGCUCAGAUUGAACCCCCAAAUGAACAUGAUCACAUCAGCUCUGUGCCGUGCCUCGGGGGACGUUUCAGGCUUUGUCAUCAUCAUCCUUAUUGUGCUCCUGGCUUACUCCAUUGCCUCGAACUUAAUAUUUGGUUGGAAGCUCCGCUCCUACAAAACCCUCUUUGAUGCAGCAGAAACGAUGAUCAGCCUUCCACCAGGAAUCUUCAACUACGAGGAGGUCCCAGUGCUUGGCUCCCUUCCAAUUGGGUCCUGCAUUGUUUUCAUGACAUUUGUUGUGCUGAAUCUGUUUAUCUCUGUCAUCCUGGUGGCCUUUAGUGAAGAGCAAAAAUACUAUCAGCUGUUGGAUGAAGGAGAGGCUGUUGAUUUGCUGCUGAUGAAAAUACUCAGUUUCCUGGGCAUUACAUGUAAGAGACAGGAGGAGCCUGGAAGCUGCAGCGAGCGGCCUGAGUUGCUGUUAGAAGCCUGGCCCGGUCUAUCUGCACCAGCUGCGCUCCAGGUUUAA